AAUAGAAACUUAACAUCAGCCAAAAACAAAAUGGGUGCAUCGCUGGACACUCCGGCAAGGUGUCCUCUGUGCAACGAGCUGACAGGGGACCCCGUUACUCUGAAAUGUAACCACCGGUUCUGCCAACGAUGUAUAGGAGACUUGUGGAGUGUUGUCCCGAACGGGCCGUACCAUUGUCCGGAGUGGAGAUGUAAAACUGUGUACCAGACCCUGCCGUUUGAUAGCAGCUUGAUACGGACGGCCACCAACAGUCGACAUGCUCAGUCCCGUAGUACUGCAGGCGCAUCCAGUAAUAAUGAACAAAAAAUAUUUAACUCGACAUUGGGGAGGCCCUCACUCACCAGUCGACUUCUCGGGAAGAGAAAGGCCAGCACACCUGUGUCAGAGCAACCUGACUUAAAGCGAUCAACUGUGGAAUCUCCCCGUGAGCAGUCGAAUGACACCGAGACUCCCACCACUUCCUUCUCAGAUAAACCCGGGCAGUCGAGUACUGUGGAGACGUCGAAGAAAGCAGAGCGGUGUGGUGAUGGCUUAUCCUCCAGUGACAGCUCUGACAGCAAGACAGUACCUGAAAGUGACAUGCCACAUGACAUCUCAAUCCAGCAGAACCAGCAUAAAUCAGUGGAAGUCGUGUCAUUAGAUGACUCUGACAGCUCCAAUGAAGUAGAUAUAUGUGAUGCCCCUCGUUUCGCAACCCCCAACAAAAAUACACAAGUGACAGGCAUUCAUGCAUCACCAAAGAAACCUGCUUCACCUGCCAACUCGGAUUCCUUUCCUGGGGUCUCAACUCCAUAUAAAGAGAAGUCCACAGUACACCAUGUCAGCAAGUCUCCUCUGAUAUCCACCCAACAUCCUGCAUCCCCAAGUCGUGUUGGCAUCUUCAACAGGUUGGCGGGCAGAAAUUCCAGCCCUGUGACCUGCCAUUAUUGCCCUAAAACUGGGUUUCAGUCUGCUGUGAAGACCUGUCUGGUGUGCGGAGCUUCCAUGUGUGCUGAGCACCUGCGUCCCCACCUGGACUCCCCUGUCUUCCAGAACCACACCCUUGUUCCUCCCAUGGAAGACAUGUCUCCCUGGAGGUGCACGGAGCACCAAGAGAUAAACCGAAUCUUCUGUCGGCAGUGUGGAGUGUGUGUGUGCACGGUAUGUACUGUCAUCGGCUCACACCGUGACCACAUCUGCAUCAGCAUCAGGGAGGCAGAGAGAGAGCUCAGGGGGACCCUAAAGGAGGAAAUCAAGCAGCUGCAGGAGACUGAGGAGCAAGUGAUGAACAGAGUGACUGAACUCACACAGAAGAGAGACGCAUCCAGAGUAGCUUUAAGUGAGGCACGCGUGGGGGUGCAGCAGCAGUACGGCGCCAUCAGGGAGGCCCUGGAGCAGGAGGAGCAAACAGUUCUUCAGCGUGUGACAAAGGAGGAGAGCAGGGUUCUUGAGGGACUAGAGAAACUCAGGCACCUCCAAAACUCCCUCCAAUCCAUCCAGCAAGGCCUCCACACUCUGGAGGGGCUGGCUGAUGCCAGGGGAGACGCACGCAUUCAGGAACAGGCCUUCAUUAUGGAAUACAGCAAGAUAGCCCAACUGGCUAGUAACAUGGGCUGUUGUUUGGACCAGUUUGAAGCUCCAGAGGAAGUGGAUCAGGCCCGGCUGAAAUUUCUGCAGAGGUGGACCGAGAAACGGCUAGACACAGUCGUCAUCUCUGUGCCAGGCAAAGACGGAGACCUCUACAGACUGCUGUAUGGUACCGUCCCUUUCUUGGAUGCAGAUACAGCCCACCCCAAGCUGCAGCUGUCUGAUAACAACAGGAGGGUGAUCUACAGCGAAGCCCAGCAGGCCCACACAGAUCACGAGGCUCGCUUCAGCGCCUUCCCACAGGUGCUGGCCUCCUGUGCUCUGGAGGGGGGUCGCUGGUACUGGGAGGUGAACGUUUCGUUGGAUGAGGGCCGCUGGAAGGUGGGGCUGUGUGAGGGUCAGAUAGAGAGGAAAGGUCAAAAGGACAACUCUCGUCUGGGCUUCAACUCGUACUCCUGGUGCCUGGCCUGUGACAGAAGGAAGGUGGAAGCUCUACAUAACAAGGUGGCAGUUCCUGUGGAUGCAGACCAGCUGCAGAGGGUAGGAGUAUUCCUUGACUUUGAAGAAGGUAUUUUAUCAUUCUUUAAUGUGACACCAGGGGGCAGUCUAGCUUUAAUGCAUUCCUACGAGCACAGGUUUACUGGUCCUCUUUACCCAGCCUUGUCUGUGUCUAAGACACAACUGACCAUCUGCAAUCUCUUCGAGUCAUAAACCAGGCAACACUGGCAUGUCAGUUCUGCUGAAAAUGUACAAAAAAAUACAUGAAAGCAUUGUGCCUUUUUUAUGUGAAAACCAUUUCAUCAUUUAAAACGUACCAAUUUGUAAAACUCUCGGGGAUGAUAGUCAUGUAUUGUACUAUAAUGCUAUAGAAUAAUCAUUAAAUGUGAUUUUUUUUUUUUAUAUAUAUAUAAUACUAGUACUGGAGUUGUACCAUGCCAGAAAUACUUUCCAACGCUUUACAUGCAACAUUCCAGAGGUUGAAUAUUUUGGUAUCAGGAUUUUAAUAUUUGUAUGUUUUUCAUUUUAGAAUGUCAGUGAACAAACGAGCAAGUUUUCAGGCAAGUUAUGAGUGCAAAAAGUUGAUUUGUAUCAUAUUUCCAUUUUGAAUAUCUUUUAUAUCUAUUUUGCUCCUAUGGUGACCUAAUUGUCUAUUUACAGAAUAAAAUGUUUCAAAAGCAAAAUAAAACGUG